AUGUCCUUCUACGUUCUAGAGUCCAACAUGUCUGAGUCACUUGAGUCUCUCAGCUCCGGUUUCCUCACGGCUCCUGUUGAGAUCCGCUUCCGCAUCUACUAUGAAGUCCUCGUCAAAGAUGCCCCGAUCAAUUUUGGUUUCGAGCGUUGCCAUCUCGACGCACCCCUCCUUCGCAAACCUGCGGGUCUCUCUUCCGCUCUUUUGCGUGUCAAUAAGACUGUUCACCGAGAGGCUACGCGCAUUCUCUAUGCCGAGAACCUCUUCCAGUUUCCCGAUGCGUACUGUUUCCGCCAACCCGAGGGAGAUUGCUUCACCUUCUACUCCGCCGUCCCCUACCUCACGCCGUUCCUCCAACAGAUUGGGGUCAACGCGCGCUUCUUGAGGCACAUCAGCUUCAACUUCCCAAAGUCGUUCGCCUCCAGAAGACCCCCCGUACUCCAAGCCGCCUUCAUCCGAGUGUUAGAGCUUCUCAAGGAGACUUGCACGGACUUGCGGACUGUCGAGAUAAAGUCGGAGACUCCUAAUGGCCUCCUCCCCCUCGAGAACAUUGAGCAGGCAGGACAGAUGCUGCAAACACUCCAUGACGGCGGACUCAAAGAUAUUCCAUCACUUGAGAAGGUCAUCUUGGUCCACCCAGAUCACCCUAAGCAGGAGCAGGUCUCGGCUUCCUGCGAGGCCUUGAGGCAGUAUGCACCGAGCAUCAAGUGGACGGUCCAGCGCAAGAAGACCCCGCCGAUCAUUCACACCGACACAAGCUACUUGGCUUACAUCUGA